CUCUCCAGUCCAUCCGAAUCCCUAGAAAUACAUACCUCCCAAGUAAUGUCUUUCCUUUUGGGCGGGGGAGCGAUUGCGAUUGUCGACCCGAUAGAAUUCAUACCCUGAGCCAGAGAUGACAAUAAUAACCCGGUCGCGGUCAGGAACAAACUGUAUCAACUGCAGAGAAGAAGAAAAAAAGAACUGGAUCCGGAAUCCAGAGCGUUGCACCUCUCUCAGGUCUCAACCAACUUCAGGGGGAAGAAGGCACACAUCACACAGCUAGAUUGUAGCUUUCCGUCUCUCUUUCCUUCCAUUCGGCUUCUCCUGACGCUGUCGCUUGGACUUCUCCUCCUCUGCCUCCUCCUCUCGCCAUUUCCUCGCUUGACACUUUGAACGGACAGCGCCAUCCCAGCCCAUCAAAUCCCUGCUACUUCCGGAGCUCAAAUUCGUUUCCACAUCGGGUACAUUUGCAUCCCCUCCUUUCUCUCACCGUUUCGAAUCUGGAUUGCACAGUCUGUCUGGCAUGAUGGCUACACCGCUGUUGCUAGGCCUCUCUGCCGAGCACUCGUUGGUGCCUUUGUAUUUUAAUAAGGGAUCAGAGCUGGUUAUUUGGCACUCGUUCAGGGGGAGGUCGCUUAGGGUUUCAUUUGUUCGUCGUUCAUGCUGUAUGGAUACGAGGGGUAUAGCGGAUUUCAUUUGUGAUCUACUUGAUGUAAUUGCUAGGGAUUCAUAGGAAAUUCUUGAUUUUUGGAAUCACAUUGUCGUGAAAUGUGAGUACGGAAGUUAAUUUUGGGGGUUUUUUUUCUUCUUCUUCUUCUUCUUUGGUUGUGCGCCCAUGAGUAGGUCUGCAUGCUCGUAUUCCUCCUUGGAUUCAUGGUUUCUAGCUAUUCCUAAACGUGUCAAACCUUAGAGCCUACUUUUCUUGGUUAACAUUUUCCUCUGCCCUUCGGGGCUGGUUUCAAUUGGUAAUGUAACUAAUGACAGAGCUUUCGUUUCAACAGAAUGGCGUCAGAAACAGUCAAUCCAAAUGUCCCUAGCGCGCAAACUGUUGGAAAUGCCUUCGUUGAGCAGUAUUACCAUAUUCUUCAUACCUCACCUGAGUUGGUUCACCGAUUUUACCACGAUUCCAGUGUGCUAAGCCGUCCUGAUGGGAACGGUGAAAUGACAUCAGUGGUAACCAUGCAAGGUAUCAAUGAGAAGAUACUCUCAUUGAAUUUCAAGGACCAAAAGGCAGAGAUCAGAACAGCGGAUGCCCAGAAAUCUUAUAAGGAUGGAGUUACUGUGUUGGUGACAGGGUGCUUAACAGACAAGGACAAUGUAAGAAGAAAAUUUGCGCAGUCAUUUUUCCUUGCACCUCAGGACAACGGAUAUUUUGUCCUCAAUGAUGUUUUCCGGUUCGUUGAGGACAAUGAACCACUGGAUAACAUCUCGGUCAAUAGUAUUGACAACACCCUGGCAGUUCCCUCAGUGCCAGAUCCAGAGCCUUCACAUGUUCCUGAACCUUCUGCUCCCGAUCCUUCAACUUCAGUUGAGGUAGAGGUUACAAAGGCUUCUGAAAAUGAAAGUGAGCCAUCGGACCAUGAGAAGAAGUUAACAGUGGAAAAAGAAAUUCCAGUAGAACCUCAAUAUCAUGCAAACGGGAACCAAACCUCUGUAGUUGAUGAAAUUGCUUCUUCUACAGCUCAAGAGGAUGCUCCUAAGAAAUCUUACGCAUCAAUUGUUAAAGUUGCAAAAGGUAGUCCUGGCCAAAUCAAAGUUUAUGUUCCUACUAAUUCAGCAAAGGCAACCUCUAAGAAAACUGAGGAUCCACCAGUUCCUGUGGUAUCCGCUCCAGAGUCUGAAUCACGUAUGGCAACUGGUGGUGAUGCACCUACAGAUAGUUUUGAUCAAGAUGAAGUUGAGGGCCACUCCGUUUACAUUCGGAAUUUGCCUCAUAAUGUGACUGUCUCUCAGCUUGAGGUGGAGUUCAAGAAAUUUGGACCAAUCAAGCCUGAAGGAGUCCAAGUUAGAUACAAUAAGCAACAAGGAUAUUGUUUUGGCUUUGUUGAAUUCCUUUCUCCGGACUCCAUGAAUAAUGCAAUCCAGGCUUCUCCUGUUCCAGUCGGAGGACGUCAAUCAAUUGUUGAGAUGAAGAGAACUUCAACUCGAGUUGGUAACGGAAGAGGUAGGUUCCCAACAGGAAGGGGUGGAAUGUAUCGCAAUGACAGCUUCAGAGGGGUCCGGGGGAACUACGGUGGAGGUGGUAGGGGUUUUGGUGGAAGACCGGAAUUUAACAACAACAACAACAACAACAGAGGUGAAUAUCCCACUGGUAGGGGUAGGGGUUAUCCAAGUGGUAGCAGUGGCGAAGGUUAUCAACAAGUUAGAGGUAGAGGCGGCCGUUCAGGUGGAGCAGCUAGGCAACCGAAUAGUGCUAAUGCCUCGUGAAAACUCCCUAUUUCUCUCUGUGUUGGAGUUUUCAUUCCUCAACUGUCCAUCAAUUGUUCAUCCCGUGGGAGUAAGUAAGCGUCCUUGUUUUCCCCAUCUAUUAGAAAUAUAAAUGUAGAAGUGUUUUGGGUAUUCCAGAAAUGGAUGACCUCUAGAUUUCUAUACCAGCAUGGUUGUUUGCCAUAGUGGGGUGGGAGUCCCAUUUUGUAGGCUUUAGAAUUAGGAGUAGCCAUGCAGGCGUGGGGAACAUACUCAACUCAUCGGAAGUUCGUAUUCCGAUGUCUGGCUGUUCGGUAGAUUUUUGGAUGUUGAUCAUGAUAGAGAAGAGGUUGCAUAGUUAAUUGAGAGAUGGGUUCCUAGCUAUUAUUCAAAGGAGUGUUUUCUUUCUUCCUUUAUGGCAAAGCAUGUUGAUUAAUUGUACUAAGUAGUAUGCACGAUGAUUGUCGUUGAACAUAAUCACAAACUGGAGACAGUUUGGUACACAAAGUCAUUAGAUUUACACUCAAAUUCUUUUGUUAGUGAAAGAACACAUCAAUGAGGUUUUAAAAAACACAGCUAUAGGCU